AGUGGGGACUUACACAAAAUUAGGUCAAUUAGUGCCUUGGAAAAAGGAAACGAUGAGCAAUCCACUUAGGGGAGAAGUUAUCAGAUUGUACAAGAAUCUUCUCUAUCUUGGGAGGGAAUACCCAAAAGGCUCGGUUUACUUCAGGGAGCGUCUAAAAUCAGCUUUUCUGAAGAACAGAGAUGUCACAGACCCUGAGAAGAUCCAAAAGCUUAUUCAUCGAGGGGAAUUUGUGAUUAAGGAACUUGAGGCCCUUUAUUUCCUCAGAAAAUACAGAGCCAUGAAGAAACGCUAUUACGAACCAGAACACUGAUGUUAUCAUGUCUAUACUAUUGGUCAAAUGCUACAUACGGUAGCGGAAAAAGAAUGUAUAAACAUUACUAAGAUGUUUUAUUGUGCUGAAACGAAAAAGCUAUUUGUGGCUUAUCCUUUUUCCAUUUUAAGAUGAAUAUAACAGUGGUGUUGUACAGAUCAUAAUGCCCAAACUGCCACGGUUAUAACUUGAGUGGUAAACCAAGGACCAUAUGAUAAUGAUUCAUGUCAUUAAAAAAAAAAUAAACACAGAACAGACACUGUCCUGAUCUGAACAAAGACUGUUCUCAAUUGCCACUGAUUUUGUAAAUUACUCUUUAUAUGUGAUGGUGGAUAAGAGCAAAUGCAACAAUAAAUGAAUAGAUUAGUCAAA